AUGUGGAAACCGAAACAGCGCUGCAAAAGACAGAGAAACCCCCUAACACCCGCACUGUCUGCACUCAUCGCCCGUGUCUCUCCACAACUUGAUCCAUCUGCCCCACUUCGUUUUCUACUGUCGUUUGCUACCCAACAAACUGCGGCUGAGGGCGUUGAUGAGUCCAAUGGAGAUGGUGCUUCACCUGUUAUCGAAGGCGAGGGCAUCAUUCGUCUUUGCAAGGAGCUUGGCGACAGUGUAAGUGGUUGCGACUUAUGGGAAAUUGCACGGCGCAUUCCCCGUAGCCGCUCGACACCUGAUUGUAUUGACGUUACGGAAUUGUGCUUUGCUAUCGAUCAGGCAGCUGCACCAUUGAGCGUCCACGACCGUCGUCGAGGUGUUGGCAGUAAAAUACCCAUGGACGAGAAUGCACCUUUGCUGAAGUACUACAAAGGUGACCGUUUCGCAUCCUUAUUUGAGUGCACCAACGGCGCUGAUGUUGGUAAGGAAUGGUGCGAGUUUCUUACGUGUGCUACGUCACCGCUUCCGAUGACAUUGCGGGUGCAUCGAAACGAGCGGGUAAUGGUUUCUAUUGCUAAUGAGUUUUUAAAAAAUGAUCCUACAGUGAGCUCAGUGCUGCGACCAGUGGUCCCUCUUAUGCCCACCAGCGUGGCACUUUUUGGUUGUUCACAUGCAGCGUAUCACGCGGACUCUUACGUUGAACAUAUAUGCCGAACUCUUCAUGCGGCAAGCGCUGUAUCCUUUCAGGAAGUUGUCUCCGCUUUACCGGUGAUCGUCGCUGGAAUUCAACCGCACCACACCGUGUUGGAUAUGUGUGCUGCACCUGGGAGCAAAACGUUGCAAGCUCUCGAUGAAAUGUUGAAAAACGGGUGGAACAGCUCGGCGGUUUCUUCUGGUGUAAUGGUUGCAAACGAAAAAGAUCGUGUAAAGGCCACACAAACUUUACCCGCUCGUUUGAAGAGAUAUCACGCCCCCAAUGUUAUUUGUACACGUUGUGAUGCCGUGCAGUGGCCACGCUUAUUGUGUCCUACAACACAAGGGGACAUGCACCUCGGAGAGAGACGCUUUGAUCGAGUGAUUUGCGAUGUUCCUUGCAGUGGAGAUGGUACUUUGCGUAAAGAGCCGUCACUGGCAAGCUCAUGGAGUGCCGGUUACGUGAAGUCGCUUUUACCAACACAGCGGGCUUUACUUCGGCGUGGUUUGGACUUGUUGGAGACGGAUGGCAUUCUUGUCUACAGCACGUGUAGCUUGCAACCGAAAGAAGACGAAGAAGUUGUGUGUGCUGGUUUGGAACUUUUUGGGGAUGCAGUGGAACUACUUGACGUUUCUUCUAUAUUGAGGGAAUGCGGAGUUCAAUUGCACUCUUUUGGUGGACUUCUUUCACCGGAUACAACUCAUCUCCGCAAUAGCGUAUUACCUAAUUCAUAUGAUGGCCGAAAAGUUCUUCGCGUGUUACCGCACAAGGACGAUACUGGCGGAUUUUUCAUUGCUGCUUUUCGUAAGCUGAGCGGACCAGUUCCUGUCUCACCUCCAGUACAGAUCAGAAAACUAAAUCAUUGGAUGAAAGGCAAGCUGUGGUUACAAGUUGCUAAGGAGGAUGAAGUGUGGUGUAACAUUACUGACUUUUAUGGUAUCGACCGCAACGAUGGGGAUUCUUUUCACUACUAUGGUGAGGAGGAAAGGGAGCAAGGUGGUUUGCAACACAGGGAGGAUCGUCGUGGAGAUUCAAAAUUUGGCCUAGUGCCGGUUUAUCACCUAAAUCCAAAUGGCGGACCGUACCGUAGGAUUGUGCUCAUGACGCUCGCAGCGGCGCGCAUGCUGUUCGGAACGCGCCCGUACAAGGGUCCAGGGGUGGAGAUUGUUUCGGCUGGGGUCCGUGCAUUCGAGGCUUAUGACGGGAAGUUUCUUUGGGAUGCCACCUGUCGGUGGCGGGCAGUCGUCGAGUCUGCUUCGUACCUUUCCUCUAUUGCGCAUGCGCGAAAAAUAGUCAUCAACGCUGACCACCACCCGCAGGUAGUCAAGGAUCUACUUUCUAACGGUUUUGUUUGGCUGCACGAACAGUGGCGCUGUGUUCUAUGUCAAGAUGCUUCCACAACGGACGGCGAUCUGGACAAGGGCUCUUCUUUUUUGCGUUCUACCAACUCUCUUAAGGACUUGCUCGCUUUGAGGGACGGAGAGGGCGAGGGCAUGUUGAAGGUACAAGAACUUUUAAAUGAGUGUGUCGUGGUUGGUGGCGUUCUACUAGGGUUGGAGGGUGGUAAGCUUGCUCACAGGGAAGGCCCCUGGUGGUUGAGCGGGACGUUGAGCCGUACGAAACUGGAGGUAGCUAUUGACGUAUCGCUUCGCGCAUUUGGGCUUUUAAGCUUUUUGGGUAUUAGUUCUGAAGAACGGGCGUGUCCGCCAGACGUGCGUGAUCCUUGA